AUGAUAAAUAAUAAUAACCAUGAUAUUUUUUUAAAUUUAAUUUUUAGAAAUAAAUAUUUAAGAAAUAUUAUAUUUAAUCAUUUACAGUUAUAUAAAGAAAAUUAUAAAAAAACAUUCACUAUAAAACAAGAUUACCUAGAUUUCAAAUAUAAAGAUUAUAUAGUAGAUUUAACAAUAGAUUUCAAAGAAGAUCUGUCUAUAGGCGAGCUUGGCAAUUCUAUUGAAGAGUUAGAAUUUGGUCAAGAGUAUUCGACAGAUAGGGAUCCAGAGUUUGAAAAAGGUGUUAUUCCAGAUAGUGUUCAAUAUUUAUUUUUUCACCAAACCGCAUUUAGCAAACAUAUUAAACCAGGAAGUAUUCCAUCAAGUGUCACUUAUCUCAAGCUUUGGUCUGAGGAUAACAGCCCUCUAUUCUCAAAUAAAGUAAUUCCAUCAUCUGUAAAGGUUCUUAUUUUGGGACCAAAUUCUGAUUUGGUGUUAAAGAAAGGUGACCUUCCCCCAUAUUUAGAAGAACUAUCAUUUCGAACCGAAUAUAGUCUAACAGGUCUUCUCCCGCCCUCUUUAAAGAAUUUAUCGGUUGGAAAAAAUUUCAAUAAAACCAUAUUACCAAAUGAUUUACCAGAUGGUCUCCAAUUUUUAGAUUUAGGCACUGGUUUUGAUCAAGAGCUCUUUGUUGGUUCAUUGCCCCCCAGUUUGCUCACCCUUAUACUAUCAGGUCCAUACAAAUAUCCCUUGUGUCCAGGUAUAAUUCCAGAAUCUGUAAAAAAACUCGAAUUUGAAAAUUUUGAUCAGGAUCUAAAGCCAUUUGAUAUACCAAAUGGUGUCGAAGAUCUUUGUUUAGGAUGGAGCUUUGAUAAACAACUAAAAAAAGGUGAUUUGCCAGAUAGUAUCACAUCUCUUUCAUUUGGAGCUUCGUAUAACCAGCCAUUUAUACCCGGCGAAUCAAUUCCGCGUAAUGUAAAAACUCUUAAACUUGGUUAUUAUUUCGAUCAAGUGCUUCAAAUCAAUGACAUCCCAUCCAGUGUCCACACAUUGGAGUUUGAUAAUAGUUAUAAUAAAGUGCUGUUACCUGGUGUUAUUCCGUCUUCAGUUACAAAUUUAACAAUUUUUGGUUCAAAAUACGAACAUUUAAUUCUACCAAAUGUAAUUCCACCAAGUGUAACAUUACUCAAAUUCGGAAGAUAUUUUAAUAGACCCAUACCACAUCAAGUAAUUCCUUCAAGUGUGAAAUCACUUUAUUUCCAAGUUUUAUUUAACCAGCCAAUAGAGCCUGGCGUUAUCCCAUUUGGUGUCGAAAAUAUCUAUUUUUGUGGUACCUUUAACCAACCACUAGCAGCCAAUUCCUUCCCAUCAAGUUUACAGAAAAUAACAAUAGGAACCUAUUUUAACCAACCAUUAAAUAGUCUAGUUUUUCCUGACUCUGUAAAGCACCUAGAAAUAUAUGGGUUUAACCAACCAAUUUUAGAAUCUCAUUUACCUCCAUUCCUCGAGACUUUGAUUUUAGGUGAAGCUUUUGAACAAACUAUUAUUCCAGGAACUAUACCACAAUGCAUUAAAAACAUUACGUUUGAAAAUAAAAAUAUGAAAUGUUUAAUAUCAGAAAAUGCAAUACCAGAUUCUGUUAAUAUUACAUAUCACAAUUAA